UGUAGUUCAAAGAUGGCGGUUUAAACGACCUGUACCGGGAGUGGAUUUUCUAUGUUGUUCUUAUAUUUUGAAUAAGGACAGCGACAUUUGUGAAAAUCCACUGCCAAAUCUCCAAGAUGAGACCAGGAACCAAGCCACACCUAGUAUCACCGCUGCUGCCCUAUCAACACGGCACUAUCUCUAACAUUAAUGCUGGAUCUGUGAUCCAGGGAGCCCCUAUAUGUGCCGGUGUUUCUAAAGAGGGGGCGUUAUCUUGGAUCACCCAUGGCCCUGUGGUUGAGGUUGUCAACACAAAGACACGGGAUUGCCUGGCAUCAUGGACAUUCGGUGCAAUACUUAAGGACUCCCACACCAGCAUUGCCAGUGUAGCUCAAUACAAUUGUAAUCAAGAUUUCAAACUGCUGUUGGGAGUCAACAACUCGUCAGACAAUGGAAUGCUGUGCAUGUUUGAUGUUGGCCUGUCAAAAGUUGUAAAAGCUGUGGAAAUUCCUCAUAAGGUAACCUAUGUGGAGCCUGUGACUGCAGUUGGUGGUGACUAUGUUCCUGUGUGGGCCCUGAACGAACAACUCCGUCAGUUCUACGGGAUCGUGGCAGUGGGCACUGAAGGAGGCUUGGUGUACUUGAUUGAUAUGUGUGUGGAUGACGAGACCGACUACUCUGAUGAAGUGAUGCCCAACCGACUCUUGUUCAUCACUCCACGGUCACGGGAUGUCCAGCAGCGCCGCAUUCAGGGUGCAUCCAAGGGCCAGCAACUCUGUAUGGUUCUUGAUGAGGAGGCCCAGUGUCAGGGUGAAUACCAGUACCGGCGAUGUGAUGGCACCGUCCUCAAGCUCUUCAACACAGAUGAUGUCAAGGUUAGCUGUAUGAAAUAUAUCCCUCAGACCGGCAACCUGGUGGUGGGUUUCAACUUUGGCUGCUUCCAGCUGUGGAAACUACACAUACCUGUGGUUGAGUACAGCAGUCGAUUAGAAGUGGACGCUGUUCCAAUAACACACAUUGCCUACCAAGAGCCAGAAAACGACCCAAAAAACUUCUGCUACCUGUGGAUGGCCCGGGACCCCUCAGAACAACAAGAUGAGGGUGUGGCCACUACCUCGCUCUAUCAGCUUGCCUACAAUAAGAAGACUUGGUACAGUAACUACGGAGCGUUCUAUGAGGAAUUGACAUCGGUGAGUCUGCGUUAUGAGCUGGAGUUGACAUCUAGUCCACUGACCCAAGGAAACAAAACUACAGUGUCCAGUAGAAUAGUAGCCUGUUACACACUCGAAGACCCCAACUACAGCACGCCAGCUCGACUUGGUGAAGACGAGUCUUUUGAGGAAAGUGUGCAUGGCCCAGAUCUCAGUCUGUGUGUGAUGGUGUGGGAGAGCAGUGAUGGCCAGUCCACCCGCGACACCUGUCACCUCGCCAUGUUUGACAUGAACAGGUGGUACCAUGCUCAGAUGCCAGCAACCAUCAGAAACGUGAGCGGCAUCAUGGACACCUGUCCCUAUCUAGCCUGCCUCAGUCUGGAGGAUGCUGCUGAUGUAGCUGCACCAGACAACAUCAUUGCAGUACACAUUGGGACAGAGAGACUAAGGAAGUUCACCAACAACUCUCCGAUGCCUCCGGAGCAACACUUCUACCCAUCCUCUCUAGCAUUUGAGGCAUUAAUGGUAACAGAAUCGGGAUUUGUGAAGGCGAGCUACCUUGGCACACAGCGACAGGUGCUGGCCAGUAUGAACAAGAUGGGUCCCUCCAUCCUACUGAACCCUAAAGAGCUGUACGGCCUUAGUGUCUACAUGGGGCUGCUACCCCGUCCACUGGACAGCGCCACACAUACUCCAACCCCGCUUGAGAUGAGAGAAAUGUUGCUGUCACUGGCUCUCGACUACAACAUGAUCAGCUUCCUCAUCAAGUGUGUUCAGCAGUGGGCAGCCGGGGAGUAUGUACACGUAGGCUGUACCCUCAAGUUCCUGCUGGACUGGGCAUGGAAUAAAGUUGGCACUAUCAAAAACAUUAUAGACUCCACAUGUACUCCCCUGUAUGACUGGUCGGGCAUCACCCUAGAUCAGAGGUCUGUACAGACACUGUACCAGUGUCAGCAGAAGUUGGAGUACCUUACUUCUAUCUUCAAGGUCCUACUGAACCAGGCGGCACCUACCACAGAGCAGGGAUUUGUGGACCUUCAGAACAAACUGUGUGCCCUCACCUAUGUCACACAACACUUACAGAUGGUGCUCUGGUUUGUCAGGGUCGGAUUACUGCCAGAACAUGAUGAUGCUGAUGACCGAACAGACCAGCGGUACAGUUACCCAGCAUCCAACCUAGUACACGCCUAUAGGACCAAGAGGCAGGAGCUACACAAACUGCACAGUGACCUCGCGGACUCUGACCUGCUGAUGAUCGAUGGUCUGCUGUCACACAUGGGGCCGGCCGUGAAGAACCUGUGGAGCCGAGAAGGAGGAGAGGGUCUCUACCCUCCUCCUAGUCUACAUGCCCUGCUCAGUAUUUACCUGUUGGAUGACGUCGACCUUAUAGCCAAACAUAGCGUGGUCUUCUACAUUCUCCUCGAUCUCGUCUCUCUCGUCCACCCGGAGCAGCACCAGCAGUUUGUGGACAAGAUCAGUAAGUUUUCAAAAACUUUUGCUGUACCUCAGGGUGUGGUGAAACAGGUCCAGGGAUGCUGGCUACUGGACCACAGCGAAUUUGAGGAAGCGUUGUCUUUAAUAUUGAAUCCUAUGGUUCAUGAGGAGAUGGGUCGGUGGCAGCACAGCAGGAUCAUCCGAGCCUUACUCUACCAAGGGGCCAGCAAGAUGGCCCUUCGCUACCUGAGCACUGCUCAGCCACCCUUGACAUCACCAGAGGAUGUUAAACUCAAACUGACGGUUUUCCUGGCCAGUGGACUUACUGCUGAGGCGUUGGAGUAUCAGAGGACGUACAGAGACCAGGCCAACAUGCACGACUUACUGUUCCAUCUGUUCCUCGGCUGUCAGCAGAUGAAAACCAUGGACCAGCUGCUCCAGUUACCACUGACUGAUGCAGAGGAGCGCCAACUGGUCGAGUAUUUGACUGAGAGUUCAGAACCACAUUCCCAGGAGGUACUGGUACUGCACUACCUCCAGCGGGCACGAUAUGUUGAAGCCAUCCAACUGAACGAGAGGCUUAAACAGACUGUGUUUACGGAGACCAGCUCUAAGGCACGUGAGAGAGUAGCGGCCAGGAACGCAAUCGUGGAUGGUUUCAUGUCGGUGCUGUCAGGCGUCCAGAGGAAACUUAUCUUUGAAAAUCACAACAUUCCGAAGAAAAAUGCAGUACAGAGGAGAGAAGUGAGGAAACCAAAGCCGUUGUCCACUACAGUGACACACAACAGCCACACUCGUGUGGUUUCGCAGGCCUCUCUGUUUCUGGAGGUAGCUGACAAAGUACGGGAGGUAAAACUUGAGGAGGAUUCCCCAGAAAAAUUUAGUGAAGAUGCUGUUGGACCAUUUGUUUGUACUCCCAUCACACCAAAGCCACAGUCUAGACUCAGCAUAUCCCAGCCUGUGACUUAUCCGAAAAUCCAUGAGGACCCUGGAAGUGGGCUGAAGGGCACACCCUGGCGGCCAGCAGCUUUGUCAACUUUGACUCCAUUCUCAAGUUCCAAGAGCCCAUCCACACUGAUGUCCAGAAGAAGGUCUAAGAUAUUUGGAGCAGAGGUAUUGAACAUGCUGGAGACCCCGAAGGUACAGAGACGAACACCAGUUAAGAAACAUUUUUCAACUCAUGCCACGCCCCAGUCCAUACUCAAGGUGAAGAGGUUCCUCGUGAGGUCGCCCUCCACUCAGCUAUCACCAUCACAGACUGGAACAGAAGACUUGAACCAGUCAUCUGUCUCCAAGCCAUUUGCCAAGAAGUUGGGAUUCCACGAGGCCUCUCUCCCGGGCUCCCCCAGAACUGUAUCCUUUAUUGAUACACCCAAGGAUUUACCUUCAGCUCCAGUGCCAACACAUCUCCACUUCUCAGGGGCCAAGGUGCAGAGAACGCCUAAAGGUCGAAGAUCACCUGUAUCUCCGCCAAGCCCCAGAUCUUUAAAAGACCGAAGCCCAACACCAGAGAGCAUUUCCCGUUCACCCAAGAACUAUGCUAAGUUGGACGAUCUGCGACGGCCACCUCUACAUGAAGAAGGGAAGCUACCACACCCAGAAAUCCCUAUGGAUUUGGAUGAAGAUGACAUCACCUUCAAGUUUAAUACAGGAGACACAGACCUGAUACAGGAGGCAGACGAGAGCACAGAAACCUUCAACACACAAUCUCCACUCCCAGAGGAUGUAAAAGGCACUUCCCCAGAUGGUGCCACACAGUUGUCUCCCCUAGGGGGUGUAAUUGAAGGUGUUGCCAGGCUGCCCGCCUCCCCUGAGAUGCCAACACCCUUUACCUCACUAAGGGAUACCCAUGACAGUCCUCUAAGACUACGACAGAGUCCCUUGAUGAAAAGUCUGCCCCGAUCACCAACUGUGAAGCUGUCAAAGUCCCCGGUGAGGGGUCGAUACACUCCUAAAUACCAGCAGUAUGGAGAGGGUCCCAGCAGGCUGGAGGAGGAAAUUGUCAAGGAAAAAAAUGUAAUAUCAGAAGAAAAGGAAGACCCCAUAGAGAUCGACCUAACUGAGGAUGAGGACAUGGUUUCAGACGAUGUAAAAAAUACUUCCAUAGACGACCGUGUGCAUAACGCCAGUCAGAUCAUAAGUAGUAGUGUAUCCCCUUCUUUAAAAACAGACAGAUUAGAGGAGAGUAAUUUGGAAUCUGUACCCCUAUCCUCGGAGAGUGUUCACUCCGAACAAUCUGGUCACCAAUCUUUGUUUGCUGAGGCGGACAGCAGCAACAUGGAGGUGUGUAGCUCUGACACUCAAGUAGGACAAAUCCGACAUGUGUCUUUCAGCACAGAGCUUGUGCCGGCGGGGGAAAUCGAAGGGCUGUCCGAGCCUCAGUGUUCAUCGUCCACCAUAGAUAGUAAUGACAAUGCAAACUCGCAGGUUGAUGAUGAUGUGCAAGAGAUAAUCUCAUCAGAAUUAGUGCAGGAGGAAAAUAAACCCCUGGAAAUAAGUAUCCCAGGUAAUGAUUUUAUAGCUCCACUUUCUCCUUCUCCGCGCAAGUCUCCACGGCUAUCCAGAGGUAGCGAGGACAGAGAUCUACAGUCUACAGUCCCAGCCUCACCGAAGCGACUCUCAAAAAGUCCCUCUGUCUCACCUAAACGCUCACCCAAGCAUCACAAGGAAGCUACCAAAGACAUGAGCGAGGAACUUGUUGUUGAAGUGAGUCAGACGGAGACUGGCAGUGGUCCCUCCUCUCCCAGGCGCUCACCUCGUUUUUCACUACAGCUGGAUGUCAGUUCGAGUCCAUCCCCUACAUUGUCACCACGGAUACCUCCCACCCCACCCGAGUCAGGCCAGGACUCGCCACACAAACUCCAGGACAGGGCAAGGAAAUCAGAGUCUAGAAGUCCGACUGGCAGAUCUAUAGCAACCCCAUUACUCACACCUACUCGGAAAUCUGUACGACAUCAAAAACAGGAAGUGUUCAUCUCCGAGACAAAGCCUGAUAGAGACAAUGACCCUUUGACAUCUACUCAACAAUCAUCACAAAAACAUAUAAAAGAAUCACUGCUGAAAAUGGAAUCUGAUGGUGAGACUGAUCCUCAGGACCCUCCCGCUCUUUUGCAUCAAGUACAGCAUGUCCCUGAUGUUGAAGUUCCUUCAGAGGAACCGACCACACCCACAAGACGUGGACGUCCCAAGAAACUGCCAAAUCUUGUAAUUGAUACAUACUCACAGGAGCCGACGACACCAACAAGGCGUGGUCGUUCAAAGGCACAGCCUACCCCUGUAGUUGAUUCAACCCAACAGGAGCCGACGACACCCACAAGGCGACGUUCCAAGGCACAGCCUACCCCUGUAGUUGAUUCAACCCAACAGGAGCCGACGACACCCACAAGACGUGGUCGUUCCAAGGCAUGGCCUACCCCAGUAGUUGAUUCAACCCAACAGGAGCCGACGACACCCACAAGACGUCGUUCCAAGGCACAGCCUACCCCUGUAGGUGAUUCAACCCAACAGGAGCCAACGACACCAACAAGAAGAGGUCGUUCCAAAGCACAGCCUACUCCUGAUAUAAGCUCUAAAAUCUCGGAUAUCCCACAAGAGCCUGUCACCCCAACUAGACAAACACGGGGGUCCAGAAUUUCUGUAGAUAUUUCAGAAACAGUGCCAUCUACCCAGGAACAGACCACACCCACAAGACGGAGUCGUCGAGGCACUUCAGUUGAUACAACUACAGAACUACCGAUCCCUCAGGAGCCUACCACACCCACAAGGCGUGGACAGAAAAAGGCAGGAGGAAAUACUUUAAACAAUGAAGAGUCUGUCCAGAAAACUGCAACACUCCUCCAACAAUCAUCAACAAGCACCAAGACGGAGGAAUUUGUGGAAGCUAGCUCGUUCACAUUUGCAGAACCUGUAUUAAUGGACUUCAAGCAGGCAGAUGAAGAUGUAAAGCCAUCAACACCAUUGAAGUCGUUUAUAUUCUCACCGCCUAUUACGAGAUCCCGAGAAAGUUUCUACAGGUCCCAAGCAGCCAGGAAGCGCAGCAGUCGGGAGCUAGAACUAAAAGCUGAAGCAGUAACCCCUAUGUCUAUACUUCUUCCUCCACAACCCGAGGCAACGCCUCCACCACAACCUGUUCCUGUCAAGAAGGAGAAGAAGGCUGCAAGGAAAAUCAAGAAGAAGGCUGUUGAGGAGACAGUCUUACUGGUCAGUCCAAUCAUGGAAGAACAAGAACAACCUCCACGUCGAAUAGUGACGCGCCAACGAGCUAAGAAGGAGGACGCUACCACAAAGACACUCCGUGGAUCUGAACCUGCCAAGGCGUCACGGCUGAGGAGCAAGAGAAAGCCAGUCAAACUGUGAUAUAUAAACUGAGGGAUACAAUAUAGCAGAUGUCUAGGUGAUUCACAGAAACAGCGUUACUUCAAACAAAGUCCUAACUAGUGUGUCAUUGUCACUGUGUGUCUGUGUUACUGGUAACCAUCAGGUAGAUCUCAUUACUACUGGGGCACAGGUCUGACAAAGCAGGAACGGUACCAGAUACUGCUUCAAAGAACAGAUUCAAACAUCUUCCCUGUGGAAAUGUGCAAUAGGUUCUAGAGUAUUGAAUGACUUGCUCAAGAAGUGUUCCUAUAAAGAAUCAGAUGUGAAGAAGGAAUGUAAUUUAUAUGUUUAAUUUUUCAUGUAAAUUUACUUGAAAAUGACAAUUUUGAAUUUAUACUACAUUAAGCAUACUGUGAAUCACUUCAUUUUUGUCACCAGUGUUAUGUGAGAGGUUUUUGUCACAUGUCAUUUCUUGAGGAGACUCAUUUGCGAAAAUUACAUCUUCAGCAAACAUUUAUUCCAUUGUUUAUUACUAUCAAAAAUGAAACACACGGAAAUCAAGGGAUUUACUGUAAAUAUUUUUACUAAUGUUUUUGUUUACCAGUAGAGACUGGCUAAUUUAAUUUGUAAAACAAAAUUGUCUGGCGUGUUUGUCAUACAUUUUAAGUAAACACACAUAUUUCACAUAUUCAUUGCUAUCAUAGCCUCACACAGUAUCAAAGUUUCACUUUGCAUGAGAGGGCUAUAGGACUUUAAUACAGAAACAGGAUGUACUUUAUAGUGCGUAAAUUUGAAAUAAGUUUUUUGUUUUUGCUGACUUUGCAGUCGGAAUACGAUCUACAUGAUGUCACAAGGAGCAAUAUCUCAAUUCACAGCUAAGCAAAAAUUAAAUGUUUUUUCUGGUCAAUUUCUUUACUAAGAUGUGUCUCUUUAGGUGCUUUCAUAAUGCACAUGAUAAAAAGACCAUUCCAUAUAUUUUAAUAAGAAAUAAGGGUGUUUCAUAAAAGUUGUAUGAAAUGGAAGCUUGUUAAAAGUGUUUUGAGGUUAUGUUUGUGUGUGUGGAUACCCGUUUCAUACUCUCAGUAAGAUGAAAUUGAUUAGAUAGGUCAAAAUGCAUGUGAAAAUAUACCAGUGGAUGGAUGUCUACUAGAUGUAACAUCUAGGUAGGAAAAUAAAGGUAAUAAAAUGAA